AUGCCGCGAGCCAAGCGCAAGAAGACGCAAGACUAUGUUUAUGUGGACGACGGCGGCGAGCUUAUUCCCGAUGGUCCGGCCACACUGUCUGUCGACGUCAAUGGUAACGAGACAAUCGAAUACUUGUCUCCAGGCAUGCGGGUUGAGAAGCGCGGCGGCUGCACCACCCACGCGGACGACAUACCAUUACCAUCCCUGCUCGAAACAAUGGCCAACGGCGGCACGAACAUCGCCACCCCCGAUCGAACAGUGUACGAGUUUCUUGAACCCUCAGCGCUUGAAGAAGAUCGUACAGAGCAACCUCAGAAGAAACCUCAGGGCCAAAGCGCUCAUUCCAUUACGUUCGCUUUCCUGGAGACGUGGGCGCAGAAACUCUUGAACGUUUUUAGGCGACGCGAGGCUGACUCAAACAUUGGGAAGCCAUGCUACAAGUGCAAGAACACGGACGCCCCGUUUCGUUGCACCGAAUGCUUCAACGGUCCUAUGCUCUGUCGCGACUGCCUAAUCGACGCGCACACCUGGAACCCUCUCCACCGUGUACAGUGUUGGAACGGACGUUUUUUCGAGCGCAAACAGCUGAGUGACCUCGGCUUCAUCUUUUCCAUCGGCCACCAUGGGCGACCCUGUCCCUCGUCGUUUGGCGAUCCUCCGACCAAGCUGACUGUCGUGCACACGACUGGCGUGCAGACAAUCGCUGUGGAAUACUGCGACUGUCGACACGGAGCUCAACAUGUGGAGGAGCGACCAGUCCAGUUGUGCAACGCAGGCUUGUGGCCAGCGUCGUUCUUGCGCCCGCAAACCGUGUUCACCUUCCACGUCCUACGACUUUUCACGCACCUCACGUUUCAGGCGAAGACCACUGCCCACGAUUUCUACGGGACUUUGCGCAGGCUCACAUCUAACGCAUUCUUCGGAGACGUGAAGGAUCGCUAUCGGGAGUUCAUGACGGCUCAUCGGCAAUUCCACUACCUGCAGACCCUCAAACGCUUCGCAGUUGACGUCAAAACGAAGCUUCCGCCGGGCUGUCUCGCACUGCGCUGCCCUGCGUGUCCACAUCCGGACAUCAAUAUCGAUCCGAAUUGGCGGAACCGCCCAGAGGGCGAGCAGUACAAAGACGCCCUUCACUACGGGAAAGACGGUAACUUUAGUCUUAGUCAACACGAUAAGAAGAUGGACCACGCCGAUCCACCUCUCAUGGACGGAGCGGCGUACUACGUCGACAGUGAAGCCUACCGCGAUUAUCUCGACAAGAUGAAGGUUUAUGACGACGCCCAAGACGAGACCACCACCUGUAGCAAGUUCAAUGCCCUGUCUGACCGUUACAAGGGGAAGAUCAAAACAGGGCAGGUUGGGUUGUCGUGUACUCGACACGGUUUCGUUCUUCCUUGUGGUACUGUCGAUUUACACGUCGGCGAACGGUAUGCGAACGUCGAUUAUGCGACCCUGUCUGGCCUACGGUGGUUUCACUCUCUUGGCCUCGUAGUUGGCUCUUACGACGUCAACUGCAAGUAUGGCAUACAUUGGUGGAAGCGGCUGAAGAAUAUCGCGUCGGUUAUGCCCUCGGUCCCUGGUGUGACACUUGCCAAAGAGAUGUGGCCGGCUAUUCGACGCUGCGUCCCAAAAUGGCAUCUCGCGUCACACACGGGACUGUGUCGCUAUUUCUUUUCUUUCUACUACACACCUGGUGUCGGCAAUACCGAUGGAGAGUCUGUCGAGCGGCGUUGGGCGGCUAUGAAUGCCAUCGGGCGAUCGGUGCGGGAAAUGGGCCCCGGCCAUCGACAAGACGUCAUUGAUGCGCACAACUCGGAUUUCAACGCACAGAAGAUGUUCAAAAUGGGUCAGUCCUUUGUGUGUGUCACCGAGCCUACUGAGUAA